AGUUGUCGUAGUAAAUGUGCCACGUCUGCUAGGAACAGAGAAUUAUGAACGUGCCAGAGGUGUUUGUCCUUAAGGCUUCAACUACAUUCUUAGCUCUAUGAGGUCGGGGGCCCUUUCUUUGUUUUUGUAGGAACUUCUUUCCUGCUCCAGCAACAUGAGGCUUUUCUUGUGCAACGCAGUGCUGACGCUGUUGGUCACUUCUUUGAGUGGGGCUCUGAUCCCUGAACCAGAAGUGAAGAUUGAGGUGCUUCAGAAGCCUUUCAUCUGCCAUCGCAAGACCAAAGGGGGGGAUUUGAUGUUGGUCCAUUAUGAAGGCUACUUAGAAAAGGAUGGCUCCUUAUUUCACUCUACUCACAAACAUAACAAUGGUCAGCCCAUUUGGUUUACCUUGGGCAUCCUGGAGGCUCUCAAAGGUUGGGACCAGGGCUUGAAGGGAAUGUGUGUAGGAGAGAAGAGAAAGCUCACCAUUCCUCCCGCCCUGGGCUAUGGAAAAGAAGGAAAAGGUAAAAUUCCCCCAGAGAGUACACUGAUAUUCAACAUUGAUCUCCUGGAGAUUCGAAAUGGACCAAGAUCUCAUGAAUCAUUCCAAGAAAUGGAUCUUAAUGAUGACUGGAAACUCUCUAAAGCUGAGGUUAAAGUGUAUUUAAAGAAGGAGUUUGAAAAGCAUGGUGCAGUGGUGAAUGAAAGUCAUCAUGAUGUUUUGGUGGAGGAUAUUUUUGAUAAAGAAGAUGAAGACAAAGAUGGAUUUAUAUCUGCCAGAGAAUUUACAUAUAAACAUGAUGAGUUAUAGAGAUACAUGUUCCCAUUUUAUAUGGCAUGCAUCCUUAAAGACAGGGCAACCAUUUUUUUAAAAAGUCUUACUUUAAAUAAUGUGCUGUUCUUGUUCUGUUUUUUAUUUUUAUAUAUUUUUCUGAAUAUUAUUUGAAGAAGCCCUUAGGAUUCCUAAAUGCCUAUUUCUUUCUGGUGAGUUAUUGGGAAGAAAAAAUUAAUAAUUUGUCUUUGAAUAGAAGACUUCUGGACUAUUUUCUACUUUCACAUAUGAAGCCUUCUGUUUUACUUGUUUACUUGUAACUUUAAAAUAUUGCAGCUGGGAGCAUGUCCAAAUAAGACCAGGUUAUACACAAAUCAGUUCCC